AUGAUCAACGGCGUGGGUGCCGGUCUCUCUCGUGCUCCUGUAAGGGGUGAAGGGCUCGGCGAGGGCUCGGCAACGCGUCCCCUUGCAGCGUGGACAGGUUUCCUCCCGCGUCCUGGUGUUGGCGAUGGAAGCACUGCACCAAGGCCGCAGUACCCUCUCGACCUUGCAAGUCUGCACCAGCACGCUCUUCCGCUGCUGAACAGAACCACCACGUCAUCCGACAAAGAAGUCGCGCAAGCGACGUUCGACCAUGAAACGGAGGAGGACGAGGAUGCGGUCACAGAUGAUGAGACCGGAGAGGAGGAUGGGGGUGGCGGCCGCCUGAGCAUGGUGCAAAGUGACCCGCUCCGUGUCGUAGUGGAUUUCGCUGAAGUAAGAAGGAUUGCAGCGCGCACCAAGACGGUUGCUGCUGCCGUUGCCAGUAGUGAUGGCGCCCUGCAACAAGCGGAGGAGGCGGAAGCCAUGCUCACAGACGCCAGAAAGGGGAGAGAGUUGCAUCACCACGCGAAGCAGGAUAAUGCGAACAGUUGCAGUCUUGAAGCAAGGCGCGACGCGCGGGACGUCGCAAGCGCACGCGCUCUCUUGGAGAAGCGAGCAUGGGCUGACGUUCAUCGGCGUGCGACUCAAGCGGCCACCACACCCGCAUCACCAUCGGAGCUUCUCCUCGACCUACUUCAGCAUCUCCCCAGCACGGCGGUACGUGCGAUUUACGACCAAAGCAGCUGCCCGCCCACCGCCGCGGCCAGCGGCUUCAACGAAGACUUCCACAAGUGCGUGCAGCAGUUCAUGACACACAUUGUGCUCCAGCGCGAUGGCCGAACCGGCGACGCGAAACAGCCCUCCGUCUCGCUUUCUGAUGCAGCGGCGGCGCAGCAAGCCAGUGCCUCUCCUCGCCAUCGCAGUAGCAUGCAACGAAAGGGUGCAAAGCAGAAGCAGAAAGACGGUGAAGUGAAGCAGCUCGUUGCGGCUGUCGAGAGGGGUAUUGCAGACGAUGUGCGCGAUGUCGUUGCCUACGCCCGAUUCGUCAUGCAGGAGCGGCUGCAUCAAGAGCAGCGGAAGGGGUCAGAACGUCCCUCACCACCUUCGAAGACGGCAGUCGGAGAAUCGGAGGGGGACCUCUGCCCUGACGGCGACAUGCGGGCCCCCAAACAGCACCAACAGCUUGCUGAGCUGCGAGCGGUGGUUGAGAGAAAGCUGAGCCUCAUCUGCGCUGCUGCGGGUGCUACCGACGAAGAGGGCGAGUCCGAGACGGCGACCUUGCGCACGAAGCGAACGCAGAGCAAGGGGGGCUGCGGGGAUGACGCAAACGGCACUCCAGGGGCAACUGAUGCUGCGCUGCAGGAUUCCAAGACAAUGUUUAUCGCGGCCCACACGCGAUUCAUGGACGUCGUGCGCAGCGCAGCGGCAAGUCGCCGCGAGAAAGUGGAGGCAGCUCAAGUUGUGGAGCAGAGACUGGAGGCCACGGUGGCCGCCUGGAGGAAGUCCUAUGAUAAGCUGCUGACGCGCGAGCUGAACCGUCACCGCGCGGGGAAGAGACCAGAGAAGCAAUCACGGACGGAGGCACUGCUUGAGGCUCUGCAGCCGCAUCAGGAGAAGCACCAGAAGCGGCAACCCCACCAACCCCCGGCUGGCCUGUGGGAGAUGACGAAGGGAAUGCACAAGAAAGAUCGCAAGCACAUGAAUAAGCUUGUCAAGGCGGCGGCUAAUGUGUUCCCUCUCCCUCCCUUCCAGUACCCACCAGCACCACCACACUUCUCUCCGUAG